CCGUUGUCAUGGCUGCCUGUACUGCCGACGGCAUGGUUAUCGCAAGACCAUAACUUUAAUAUCUUACUUAUGGCUUAACUGCAAUACUGAGUUCAUCUGUAUUCUACAACAGCCGUGCAGGAUUCUGGCCCCGAUGGCGGACGCCGCGGAGGACAAGAGCCGAGGGCUGAAGUUCGCCGAGCGGCAGCUGCUCCGACACGGCUGGCAGCAGGGAAAAGGUCUGGGUAAACGGGAGAACGGGAUUUCGGAAGCCAUCAAAGUGAAAGUGAAAUGCGAUAAGACCGGGGUAAGGUCCUUUUACCUCCUGUUGUUGAAACCAUGUGGGUCUCUGACUCGUCUCGGGGUGUCGCCCAGGGGGGAUCGGGUCUCUGACUCGUCUCGGGGUCUGAGCUGGACGGAGGCCCAGAGGCCUCUGUGCAGCCCCGGAGGACGACAGCUGCCCUUCCCUCGGGACAGGAUGCUGCCGGACACCACUCUGGUGUGCUGGUCUGUGCUGCAGGACGGCGUGACGGUGCAGAAGCUGCUGGAGGAGGAGGGGCCCGUCUCGAACAAGAAGCCGCGGAAAGCGGAGCUCAGCAGGGCCAAGCUGUACGGCCGGUUCAUCAAGUCGGCCACCCUGCUGUCGGGGGAAGAGCAGGCCGAGGAGAAGCCGGGGAGCUCGGCGGACAGCAGUGACUCCGAGGACGAAGACCGGAGAUUGGACCUGUCCUCCACCACCAAGUUGUCAGAUGAUGACCUCAUCAAAGUCUGCGGGGGGCGCACGGCUCACAAGGGAGCCCGGCACGGCUUCAAGAUGAGCGCCAAGCUCGCCAGGCUGGAGCAGCAGGAGAGGGAGUUCCUGGAGAAAUAUGGCAAGAAAUCCCAGGCAGGGGGCUCGGACGCCAGCCCCGCCAGCAGGGGGCAGCAGCAGCAGCAGCAGCAGCAGGAGGAGGAGGAGGAGGAGGAGGAGGGCAGGACAGGCAAGAGGAAGAAGAAAAAGAAGAAGCAGCAGCAGCGCUUGGAGGAGAGGGAGGCCCUGAUGGAAGAGGAAGGGCACUGCUCCGAGACGGGGGCAAGUGGGCAGCAGGAUUUGCCCCGGAAGAAGAAGAAGAAAGGGAAGAGGGGUAGAAGCGAGGCCAUCCUGGAGCAGGAGCAGGGAAAUAGUGCCGGAGAGGAGGAGGAGGAGGAGGAGGAAGGCAGGAAGAAGAGGAAGAGCAAUAAGAAGUGCAGACAAGAGCCCGAGGAGGAACAGGCAGAGGACUCGGAGAGGAGCAGGAAGAAAAAGAAAAAGAAGAAGAAAGCACAGGAUGAGUGAGGGGAGUGAGCCAAACACUCCUCUGAUUACGCUUCUAUUGGUAGAACUGCUGUACUGGUCCUUGUGCCCAAACUGUGAACUGACACAUUGGAAAACACCAGGCCUUGCUCAUGGGGAACGACUGCAGUCUGGGGGAGGUUUGCACACAGCCGAUUGCACUGCCAGUAUGGGCUCGGACUUGUCCCGUCUCUCUGGAGGGUGUGAGGGACUUGGAACAAAGAAUUGCUUUUUUAACCAAUAGAAAUAUGAUCCCGUGACUCAAAGGACAGAUUUGCUACAAUUUUUUGCAUCUGGCCUCUGUUUCAAUAAUCUCCCUGAAACACAAGCUAAAGACCGCUGCUGUUGUCAGUACAGCUGUUCACAGAAUUGGAAGCUUCGCCAGCACAGGUAUAAGGCGUCUGCCAGACGCUGGUGCCUCAACUCUGAAAGACACUUUGUCAAAAACGCAGAGGAUUGACAAAGCUGAAAUCGCAUGCCGAGGAAUCGGAAAGCUGAGGGCCGUGCAGCUGAAUCAGGACCUCCUCCCUUCCCCAUCCGUGAAAGAGGUUUCUGGGUUUGCACCGGUGGCUGCUCUGUGUGAGACAGAAUGUCUCGAGGCCGGGGCCUGGCUGUAGAGCUUUUCUCAGCUCUUCCCCUUGCCUCUGCAGAAACCAGUAAAACCUGCCUACCCGCACUGGAGCUCCUCAAGCACUCUUUUUCCCUUAAUGUGGCAGCUGGCCCCAGCGCUUCCAGCUGCAGUAUGUGACAGCCUUGUACUGAUGGAGCACUUAAGGGAAAAAUUCAACUUUGUACAAUUUUGUACAAGCGGCCAGGAGAUUCUGAUUUUUAACUGAAGUCUCAGUUGUCACGUGUCAUAUUUUAACAAUAAAAAUGUCCAGUUA